AUGGUUUUGAAUUAUGAGAAAAAUGAAAACAAUAAUGUUGAUUUGCACAAUUGCAACACAAUGAAUAUUGAAUCUAUUAAUAAAGAAAAGGAUCAUGAAAUGAUUGAUUACAAUAACAAAAAUCCAUUCCAUAAAGAAGUAGAAAUGAUAAAUAAAACAAUUAAAUUAUCUAAUCAUGAUAAUGAAUAUGAUAAAAAAACUAUUAAGAAAGAGGUUUAUAACUUAAAUAAAUUAAAAGAAGAGAAAAAUAACAAUAAUAGCAAUUAUAAAGAAAAAGAAAUAAGUUUAGUAAAUGUCGAGAUAGAUACAAGAAAUGCUCGUCAUAUAUAUCAACAAAAAUUAAACUCAACACAAUCAACUAUGAAUAUUGAAGCAAAUCCACCAAAUGAUAAUGAUGAUGAAUUGAUUAAUAAUGUAAAUAAUCAAAUGGAAAUUUUGAAAAAAAAAAAUAAACAAGGAGUAUUAAAUGCCGAUGAAGAAGGAUUUGACAAUUCAAUUUACAUUUCAGAUAACUUAGAUGAUUUAAGUACAAGUGGAAAAAAUUACACAUUUUUUCAAAAAUUAAAAAUGUGUUUUAAUUAUUUUGGUCCAGGAUGGAUAGUAGCUAUUGCAUAUUUAGAUCCUGGAAAUUUAUGUAGUAAUUUAAAUGUUGGGUUAAUUAGAUCUUCAGAUAAAAAUUUAGAAAAAGAUUAUACAGGUUAUCAAUUAUUGUGGAUUAUGAUAUAUGGGCAUUUACUUGGAUUUUUAUUUCAAGUUUUAUCAAUGAAACUUGGUCAUGUUACUGGAUUAGAUUUAGCUUCUAUUUGUUAUAAAGAAUUUAAUAAGAAAAUUUCUUUUCUUUUAUAUAUAUUUGUUCAAAUUGCCAUUUGGGGAGCUCAUAUACAAGCGAUUGUUGGAACUGUUGUUGCUAUAAAUUUAAUAUUUGGUAUUUCCGUUAAAAUAGCAAUAUUUUAUACCAUUAUUGAAGCUUUAAUUUAUAGUAUUUUAGAAAAUAAAAGUGUGAAGUUAUUAGAAAAUGUGUUAAGUUUACUUAUUGGAUUGCUUGCAGUUUGUUUUUUUAUUAAUGUAUUUAUGACAUCAAUAAAUUUUAAAGAACUAGCAAUUAGUGUUGUGUAUCCGAGAAUACCUCAAGGAAAAGAAAUUGAUGCUUUAGCACUUUUAGGAAGUAUAAUAUCAGCUCAUAUUUUUUAUUUACAUACAAAUUUAACAGCAAAAAAAAAAGCUGUUAUAUCUACAACCAAAAAGUUAAAAAGAUACAAUAUAUUAGGUACUAUUGAAUCAGCAGGAGCUUUAUUUUUGUCAUGUUUAACUAAUUGCAUUAUUGUACUUACAUUUGCUGAGGUUAAUAUAAGAACAUCUGAUAGAAGGGAUCAAUAUAAUUUGUUUACAGCCUAUGAGGUUAUGAAAAAAUCCUUUGGAAAAGUUUCAAUGUAUAUAUGGUCAUUUGGGUUGUUAAGUAGUGGUAACAAUUCAAGUUUUAUGUGUGAAUAUGCAACAAAAUCGAUUUUUGAGGGUUUCUUAAAUAAGAAAGUUAAUACUUUUUUUAGAGUUUUAUUUUUCCGUUUUUUCUUAUUUUUUGUUGUUUACUUAUUCUUAUUAUAUGAUAAAUAUUCAAUUGAUCAAUUAACAAAUUUUAUUAAUGUUAUUCAAGUUCUUUUAUUACCACUGGCAAUUGUGCCCCUGUACCGAUUUAGUAUUCACAAAAAUGUUUUAGGAGAUUUUGCAUUAAAAAAAUGUUUCAAAUAUAUAGUUUUAGUUAUAAUUAUUGCGAUUAUAAUCUCUAAUUUAGUGCUUACAGUUCUUGAUGUCACGCAAAAGGAUACUAAUAUUUCUUCUCUCACUUUAAUAGUUGUUUUUUCUAUUAUUUAUUUUUAUUUUAUUUUAUUUUUUUUUAAUUUGCCUAUUACAAAAAUUUACUACCAAAAAAAUAAUUAA